AUGGCUGUUACGGAAACCCAUACUGACGGUGCGGACAUGAUCAUUCCCACGAGUGCGCAUGGCAAGCCACAGGGUGAUCCAGUUCUGCUGGAGAGCGCAGUUCCUGAGGAGACUUCCCAGAAUGCCCCGUUGCACCGGACACUGAAGUCCAGGCAUCUUCAGAUGAUUGCCAUCGGAGGUAUCAUCGGUCCUGGUUUACUCGUUGGAUCCGGAAAUGCCCUACAUGUUGCUGGGCCUGCCGGAAUUCUCAUCAGCUUCACUCUUGUUGGAAUCCUUGUUUUCUUCAUAAUGCAAUCUCUGGGCGAAAUGGCUACUCUUAUCCCUGUUUCCGGGUCAUUCACAGAAUAUUCAGCUCGUUUUGUUGACCCUUCGCUGGCUUUCGGUCUUGGCUGGGCGUAUUGGUAUUUAUGGGUUACUGUCCUUUCAAACGAAUACAAUGCAUUGGCUCUUGUUAUGGGUUAUUGGACAGAUGUUGUUCCGCAGUGGGCAUGGAUUCUUAUGUUUUGGGUCAUCUUCCUGGGCCUGUCCAACCUUGGAGUCCUAACAUACGGUGAGGUUGAGUUCUGGCUUGCCUUGAUCAAAGUUAUCUCUCUCACGGUAUUCUUCAUUCUUGCAACAUGCAUCAGUGCCGGUGGUAUUGGCGGCAGAACAAUCGGGUUCAAGUAUUGGAGCAACCCUGGUGCGUUUGCCGACUCUAUCAACGGAGUUGCAAAGACAUUUGUCAUUGCGGGUACACUCUAUGCUGGGACUGAAAUGGUUGGUAUCACUGCUGGCGAGUCGGCGAACCCUCGAACUGCCGUUCCAACUGCUAUCCGCCAGGUCUUUUGGCGUAUUUUGAUUUUCUACGUUGGAAUGAUGUUCUUCAUUGGUAUUCUACUGCCAUAUGAUGACAAGCGUCUUUUGUCCUCUGGAUCCAAGACAGCACAGUCCCCACUUACCAUCGCGCUCUCCGAUGCAGGUAUCCUUCCAGCCGCUCACCUAAUCAAUGGAUUGAUCGUCAUAUCCGUGAUCUCUGCUGGCAAUAGUUCCCUAUAUGUGGCCUCUCGCACAAUAUUAUACAUGGGACGAUCUGGAAAGGCACCGGCUAUUCUAGGCCGAACAAACAAAGCUGGUGUGCCGUGGGUUGCCUUGCUAUUUACCAAUCUAGUUGCUUGCAUUUCUUUCCUGUCAUUAUCUUCCAGCGCGGGGAAGUUAUAUUCCGCACUGAUUACCCUGUCGGGAGUGUGUACAUUCAUCGUUUGGGCAGUGAUAGCCAUAACCCACCUCCGUUUCCGACAGGCACUCGCCAUCCAAGGCGAAGAUAUCUCCGUGUUACCGUUCCAAGCCAUGUUCUACCCUUGGGGAACAUAUAUCGCCCUCGCAGCAAACAUAUUUUUGAUCUUCUUCCAGGGAUACACUGCUUUCCUCAACCCAUUUAACGCUGAAGAUUUCGUUAUCAACUAUAUCCUCCUUCCUGUGUUCAUUAUUCUGGUUCUUGCCUGGAAAUUCGCCAAAAAGACUAAGAUCGUCAAGCUAGAGGAGAUGGAUAUCUGGAGUGGAAGACGGGAGUACGAUGAAGAUAUUACAGAGGCUGAUCUCUCUAAGAGAACUCUUUGGACUAGGAUUAAGGAUAUAAUUAUCGGUUAA